GUAUUCACACUUCAGUGUGUUGUGAGAGACCAGUGGGAGAAGGUGUGUAGCAUGUGCUUGUGAUACCUCGUAGAGGCGUGUACACUGAUUACAUGUGGGGAACUUUAUGCACAUAUAUCCGCGUCAUCCUUAGUUUUGACUGCUGGAGAUUUGUACCUUAUACUAGGGAUUUAGCACACCAAUGAAUAAUAAAAAAAAGGCAAUGUCUUAAAAAUCUGCGAACACUAAAUAUUUCAGUAUUUACUUAUUUCAUCAUAUCCGGAAACGUAAUCUCAGGUAUAGUAGUUUGGUUGAGGAAAACACAGGGAUCUUUGAGCCUAGAAGGACAAUGAUCAUGUGUCUAGCAUAGUGAUGCAACCGCUGAGCUUGGCUACCGAGGUAAAGUUACCGCUGCAGAAGGGAGGACCAAAAUGUCUGUAGGCCAGAUGAACGACAAAGCAGAGGAGGAAGAGACAUCCGUUGACACCGUGCUUGUUCCUUCCUCACAGCCUGUCAUCGUCGCUGCCAAUGGCAAUCAUGAUGAGCCUGGGGAGACCCUGCUGGAAGAGCCUGAGCAACGAUAUGUGCUGGAGACUGCUGAAGAAAGACGAGGGCGCCGCAUCUCUCACUGGGUCGUCUACAUCACAUCCUUCAACGUGUGCGUGUGUUUCUCCAUCGUGUUGACCGGCGUCUGGCCAUACCUGCGCCAGCUGGAGCCUGGGGUGUCGAAGGACAUGCUUGGAUGGGUGAUUGCUGCUAACCCAAUUGGUCAGAUGAUCGCCUCGCCACUUCUGGGGAUGUGGAGCAACUGGGCAGGAUCUAAUAGGAAUGCCUUCAUAACUACUAUGGCACUGUUCUCCUUGGGUAACUUGCUGUAUGCCAUACUGAAUAUGUUUGGCAGUGCAGCCCGUGCUGUCAUGAUCAUCUCUCGCCUCAUCGUUGGCUUCAGCUCAGGCAACAUAGUCAUUGUCCGGUCCUACAUCUCUGCUUCCACCACGUUAAAGGAGAGAACUGCUGCCGUGAGUCUCACUUCCGCUGCCCAAGCUGUUGGAUUCAUUGUUGGACCAGCCAUCCAGACAGCACUGGCUAUUGCCAUGUCGGAAGACACAAGUGAUGCCACUAAUUCCACAACCGUAAUUGUUACUGAAGAUGUGGAGGCAGCAGUUGACAGCAGUAGCACAAGUAUCCAGUGGAACAUGUACACAGCCACAGGAUGGAUUAGCUGUAUUCUUGGACUCCUCAACUUAAUUCUCUUCCUUCCAUGCAUCUAUAAGGAAUACAACAUUGCUGCCAAAGAAACUCAAUACCAGAAGCGUGCUGCCAACAUUGGAGCAUCAAAACUACCAAAGCCAGACUAUGCUUCUCUGUUUGUUAUUCUGGUCACAUUUUUUUUUACUGUGAUGGUAUAUGUUUUAUUGGAAACUCUUAUGGUGCCCAUGUGUAUGGAUUUGUAUGCAUGGAAUGAUGAAAAGGCAAUUACGUUGGUGGGCACUGGCCUUAGUAUUGCAGCAAUUAUCUGUGUCAUAACUUUUGUUUUGCUCAGCUUUAUUACAAAAUUAGUAGAUGAGCGCAUUGUAUUAAUUGCUGGUGUUGCUGUACAGAUGGUGGCAAUGAUUAUUUUAAUUCCAAUGGGAAGUAAUUACCCUAAAAUAAAAAACUGCACUUCCAUUGAUUCAAUGGGUAACUUUUUUAAUGAAUCACUUAGAAAUAGUGAUCCAUUCCAUCUUAUGUUACCUUCGGAUAUUACCAUAGGUAAUGUCAGUGAGAUGUCGAAUUUACUAGCAACAAAUGAAGAUGGUGCUAUACAUCCAGAAACCUUACCUAAUAAAUCAUUACAUCAGAUAGAUCUUCCUGUUUUAAGGAACACAACCACAAAGGCUGUAGUACCAACUACAUCAGAAAGAGAAUUGCCCUUGCUCAUGCCUUCAGAGAGUUCUAAAGUUCUGAGACGUCAUAAGCGGCAUGUGGUCCAUAAUGGUGAUUGUGAGGACACUGGUUGCCCACCUGAACAGAAAUGGUGUUUUUAUACUCCCAUUAUAGAAUUACCUCAACUAGUAAUAGCAAGUGUUUGUGCUGUCAUUGGUUAUCCAGUGGUCUUUACACUUGCAAGUGCCUUAUAUUCAAAAAUUUUAGGACCAAAGCCCCAGGGACUUUGGAUGGGACUCUUGAUAAGCAUAGGCAGUUUGUCUCGGGCAACAGGGCCCAUUGUAGUUUCUUACAUUUAUACUGAGUUAGGUACACGCUGGACUUUCAUUGUACUAAGUUGUGUAAUGCUUCCUAUUCUUGUGAUUGAUGUUGUAAUGUACAAAAAAUUAGUACCUAUGGAUGUUCUCAGAAAGAGGUAGUAUACAGUGAUCCCUUGUUUAUUGCGGUUAAUGGAUACCAGAAAACCACGAAGUAGGAUUUGCCCCCCCACCCUAGGAAUUUUCAUAUAUGUGUAUGUGGGUACCAGAAUGUUUAAGAUAUGUAAACAGUAUUUAUAUUUUACUUAUACAGUAUUUUACUUAAAUCUAUUUAAUUAUAAAACCUUAUAUGAGGGGGAUUAAAAAAAUACACAGAAUUUUAUCAUUCUUUAUUGAUUUUACAAUACAACUAAUCUAUUUUUCAAUAUAGCCUCUGUCAAGGUCGAUAUACUUCUCCAGGCGGUGUUUCCAUCCAUUUAGACCAUUUUUGAAGAAAUCUGCAGACCUCUUUGUGAGCCAUGCUUUUGCUGCAGUUUUAGCCUCAACAGUGCUAUUAAAAUGGAUGCCUUUCAACUGUUCUUUGAGUUUUGGUAAUAAACAAACAGACAAAGCUAGGUCUGGGCUAUAAGGUGGAUGUGGCAGUAAUUCCCAUCAAAAUUCUCUCAAAACAUCUUUUACAACGCGUGAAGAAUGCGUUGGUGGGUUGUCAUGAUGGAAGAGGAUUCCGCGAUGGAGUUUUCCUGGACGCUUUUUAGCCAAUUCUGCGCUCAGUUUCCUUAAAACUUCUACAUAUAGGGUCCUGUGACAGUUUUUCGACCUUCUAAAAAGUCUAGAAGCACAACUCCUUUAGAAUCCCAAAAAACAGUUACCAUUACCUUGUUGACAAACCUCUCAGAUUUGAAUUUAAUUGGGCCAGAUGAUCUGCGUGGGAGCCAUUGUUUGGACUGUUGUUUUGUUUCAGGAUCAUACUGGCUUACCCAUGUUUCAUCACCUGUGAUGAUUUGACUGAAAAAGUUGUCUUCAUCGGCUUCAAUUUUGGUCAAAAUCACCGUUGACAAUUCACUUCUGAAAUUUAGCUAAUCUGGGCGCAAUGCUUUUGGGAUCCAUCGAGCCAAAAGCUUACUGAGGCCUAAAUCUUCAUGCAGAAUCGAAUGAGCUGAACCAACUGAUAUGCUCACAGUCUCAGCAAUCUGAUGAACUGUCAGUCUUCCAUCUUGUUCGACUAGGCUCCUAACAGCAUCAAUGUUUUCACUACUUUUCGAGGUUGUUGGUCUGCCACGAUCCUCAUCAUCUUCAACAGUUUCUCUACCAUCACGAAAUCUUUCAAUCCAUUUGUAAAUGCAAGUUUUUUUUCGAGCAUCAUCCCCAUAAACAUUCUGCAAAGCUUGAAUGAUCUCUGUUCCUUUCCAACCAAGCUUUACCAAAAAUUUUAUGUUGGUUCUUAUCUCAAAAUCCUUACGUUCCAUGGGUCAAAACCAACCUUUUUCAACUAGCUCCUGACUUUUAGUUUCCAAGCGAAUAAUGACUGGUAACAACCAGAAGAUAGCUAAGAACAUGCCCUUUCUGGCAGAUAUGUUUCAACAUGUUUUAUCCUGUUGGCUCUCGGGACAUGGGAGUAUUCCGCGUAUUUUUUUAACAUCCCUCGUACAGUAAUUAUACAUUUACUCUCUCUCUCUCUCUCUCUCUCUCUCUCUCUCUCUCUCUCUCUCUCUCUCUCUCUCUCUCUCUCUCUCUCUCUCUCUCUCUCUCUCUCUCUCUCUCUCUCUCAUACUGAUGGUCAUCAUUUUCCUCUUCCUUUUGGGCUCACUAGAGGAAGCUUUUGCAGGGGCACAGCACUUAGGUGGCAUUGUAAUGGCUUAAUGAAUCACUACUUAAACAAAAAAGUUAUCGCAAACACAACACUAAGAUACAGUAUGCGAGACAGUCAACAGCGUGGACGAGAUUAGCAAGAUACAACCAAGGCCCAUGGAGUAGAAGGUCAACCUACGAGGCUAUCAAAAUGUGUCUGAUAUGCACAUCCAUGACGUCAGCGGGUUCACAAGUGGUCAGAGCGGGGACAUUGGUUCAGUUAGCAAGCUGUCGGGUAGGUGUUCACAUGCUUGUGUAGAUACGUAUAAAUUGCCUCAGUUAUGAGGGAGAGUCAAAAAUUAUAUGCACUCAUGGUUUUUCAAUGUAUUUACACAAAAGCAGGGGAUAAGCAAGUACAUCAUUUUUCUAUAUAGUCUCCUUGUUUUUCGAUGCACUUGGUCCAGCGGUCCACAAGCUUGCGUAUUCCUCCGAGAAGAAGGUUUGGGGUUGGUCAUGCAACCAUUUAUGCACCGCUUCUUUCACAUCUUCAUCCGUGAAAUCGCCGACCUCGUAAACCAUCUUUGAGCAGUCCAAAGAUAUGGUAGUCGGAAGGGGCGAGAUCUGGGCUGUAGGCAGGGUGUUCCAGCACCUCAAAACCCAAUUGGUUAAUGGUUUCAAUAGUCUGGGUGGCCGUGUGUGGGUGUGCAUUGUCAUGCAACAACAAAACUUUCUUCGACAAUAGGCUUCGGCGUUUGGUGCGAAUGCUGGCUUCAGUUUGUUGGCCAGCAAAGCACUGUACCUUGCACUGUUGAUCGUGCACCCUUUUCCAGGUAGUCUUCCAGUAUAGGUCCUUUGAGUCCCAAAAAGGGUUAGCAUCACCUUUCCGCAGAAGUCUGAGUCUUGAAUUUCUUCGUCGCUGGCGAGCCAGGAUGUUUCCACUCCAUACUCUGUCUUUUGGAUUCUGGCUCAUAAUGAUGGACCCACGUUUCAUCGCCUGUGACUAUUCUGCUCAAAAAUCUCUCGCCAUCAUUGUUGUAGCGAUCGAGUAAACGUUGGCAGACCUCAAGACGUUUGCGUUUGUGCUCUGCAGUAAGCUCCCUUGGCACCCAUCUCGCACAGACUUUAUGGAAGCCGAGCUCAUCGUGGAUGAUUUGAAAGGCAGAACCAUGACUAAUCUGCAGAGAACAAGCUACCUCAUCAAUGAUAACUCGCCGGUUCGCCAUUACCAUCUCUCGAGCUUGCUGAAUCUUCUCAUCAGUGGUGGAGGCCACUUUUAAACUUCUCAAUCCACUCAUACACACUUCUACGUGGUAGUGCACUGUCCCCGUAUUGUGCUAAAAGCCUCCGAUGAAUUUCAGCCCCUGACACUCCUUCUGACAAGAGAAAUCGGGUCACUGCUCUUUGUUCUUCCUUGGUGCAUACUGCUAGUGGAGCGGCCAUGUUUACACAGUAAAAACAGAAAGCAAAAUGGCGCGAUCAGGCUCAAACUUUGAUAACAUGACCACAGUAGUAUCAACUAUAAGCAUGCAUGCGCAGAACGCAGUGUGGCAAUACUGAAGACAUAUUAUGGCGAAAGUGCGGAUAAUUUUUUACUCUCCCUCGUAUAUGUGUAAU